AUACAUUACUAUUCUUUCAUCUUCUUCCUCACAUUAGCUCAAAUCUCUCCGUUUUAUUAUAGUUUGGAUACCCCUAUAAUCCAUCAAGAUGAUUAUACUACUAUACAUGAGAAUGUUCUAAAUCAUGUUAGAGACGACGGAUUUUCCGAAAUUAAAUUAAUUUACGGAAAAUUGCCAAAAUAUAAUAAUUCUGUAUAUGUUGCUUCUAGACUAUGGCCCAUUCACGAUGAGCACACAUGGCGUCAUUUUUUCUGGAUCGCUAAAAAUGAGUAUGAGGAGUUGCACAUUUACGUGGAAGCUUCAGCGACCCCGCCACAAACUUUGACGUUCCACGGAACUCCCAGAGAGGAAGACCCAUCAUCCGUAUAUGGUAAGAGGAACAACCGCCAAACGUUUCAGAACUACGAAUCUCCUGUCACAAACUUGGGUGAAGAGUCGGACGACCCAGAUUAUGAACAAGGUUUUAGUAGUGAUGUCGAAUCAUCCACGAGCGAUGAUAAUGACGAGGUAGUAGACACCACCUGGGCCAAUGUGGAGCUAGAAGAACCAUAUGUUCAAGCGGUAGAUUCUGAGCCUGAAAGGAUCGAAGUAGGCGCACUUUACUGUUCAUAUGAUGCACUGAAAGAAGUAGUGGCGAUAGAAAACAUUCGUCAAUUUCGUCAAUCGCCUCCUCAAUUCUCAACACAUCAGGGUGUCUCAUUUGAUCAACCACCCCCUCAAUUCUCAACACAUCAAGGUGUCUCAUUUGAUCAACCACCGCCGUAUUAUGAUUCUUAUCAGUACUCAACACAAGCAGGUGAUUAUGUUGAUUCAUUUCUGGAUUCGUCAUUUUACUAUGAAGACACAACGGGGCCUUGGAACACUCGCGGUGAGGACGGAGCAGGGCCGAGCAUG